AUCCAAUCCGAUCGGAAAACCUUUUUAUUUAAACAAGUUCCGAGCUUUGUUAUUGGGUGUUACUUGUUGUUUGUUGUGAUGUCUGCUGCGUCGAGUUCCAGCUCCGUUUUUCACGUCAGGCGCGGCGAACUCGUCGCGCCGUCGCCGGCCGGGAGGAGUCUGGUGAGCCGGCUGCCGCUGGGCGUAGGCGCUCGGAGAGCUACUGGCAGGAGGACCGGGUGUUCUGUGUCCAAAAGGUUUAGCGGGACGACGGCUGAGCUUCGGCCUUUGGGCUCCCACAGGUUGCAGCUCUGGCAAUCGGAUCGGCGUAGCAGAGCUCCGAAGCUACGGCUGGUGGUGCGUUCCUCGUUGUCUCAGGUUCCGGAGAAGCCGCUUGGUCUCUAUGAUCCCUCCUAUGAUAAGGACUCAUGCGGCGUCGGAUUUGUGGCUGAACUCUCCGGUCAAAGCAGCCGCAAGACGGUGGCAGAUGCAAUCGAGAUGCUGGUGCGAAUGUCUCACAGAGGCGCGUGUGGGUGCGAGACCAAUACGGGUGACGGGGCUGGAAUUCUAGUCGAUCUUCCUCAUGACUUUUUCAAGGAGGUAGCAAAAGAUGUUGGGUUUGAGCUUCCCCCUCCCGGACAGUAUGCAGUUGGCAUGUUCUUCUUGCCUACUUCUGCUAGCCGAAGAGAGCAGAGUAAAAUUGUAUUUACAAAGGUGGCUGAAUCACUUGGUCAUCAAGUCCUCGGAUGGCGACAUGUCCCGACAAAUAAUUCAGGACUAGGAAAUUCUGCUUUGCAGACAGAGCCGGUCAUUGAGCAAGUGUUCCUUACACAAACCCCCCGCUCAAAGGUGGAUUUUGAGCGACAGAUGUACAUAUUACGGAGGGUUUCUAUGGUAGCUAUUCGAGCUGCAUUAAACCUCCAACACGGCGGCUAUAAAGAUUUCUACAUAUGUUCUCUUUCCUCGAGGACUGUUGUCUACAAAGGCCAGUUAAAACCUGAUCAGUUGCAAGAAUACUACUAUGCAGAUCUUGGCAAUGAAAGGUUUACGAGCUACAUGGCCCUGGUUCAUUCUAGGUUCUCAACAAACACCUUUCCUAGCUGGGAUCGUGCUCAACCAAUGCGCGUCUUGGGUCACAAUGGCGAAAUUAAUACACUACGUGGUAAUGUGAACUGGAUGAAGGCUCGUGAGGGUCUCCUGAAGUGCAAGGAGCUCGGCCUUUCUAAAACAGAAUUGAAAAAGCUUUUACCCAUUGUUGAUGCUAGCUCUUCUGAUUCAGGAGCAUUUGAUGGUGUACUUGAGCUCUUAGUUCGUGCUGGUAGAAGUCUACCUGAAGCUAUAAUGAUGAUGAUUCCUGAAGCCUGGCAAAAUGACAAGAACAUGGAUCCUGAAAGGAAGGCUUUAUACGAAUACUUCUCAGCUCUCAUGGAACCUUGGGAUGGUCCUGCUCUCAUUGCAUUUACUGAUGGACGCUACCUUGGAGCAACAUUGGACCGCAAUGGUCUUCGGCCAGGCCGGUUUUAUGUCACACACAGUGGACGAGUUGUAAUGGCAAGUGAAGUUGGUGUAGUUGAUGUUGCACCUGAGGAUGUAUGUAGAAAAGGAAGGCUCAAUCCUGGAAUGAUGCUUCUUGUGGAUUUUGAGAACCAUGUUGUUGUUGAUGAUGAUGCUCUAAAACAACAGUAUUCUCUUUCUAGACCUUACAGGGAGUGGCUUGCAAGGCAAACAAUUCUAUUGAAAGACAUUGUCGAGUCUGUAACAGAGUCAGACAGGACGCCUCCACUUAUUGAAGGAACUAUACCUCCAUCCAAUGAUGACGAUAACAUGGAAAAUAUGGGCAUUCAGGGUUUAUUGGCUCCAUUGAAGGCAUUUGGCUACACUGUUGAGUCCUUGGAAAUGUUGCUACUUCCUAUGGCAAAAGAUGGAACUGAAGCACUUGGUUCUAUGGGUAAUGAUGCUCCAUUGGCUGUGAUGUCCAACAGGGAGAAGCUUUUAUUUGACUAUUUCAAGCAGAUGUUUGCUCAGGUCACAAAUCCUCCUAUUGAUCCUAUCAGGGAAAAAAUUGUCACUUCCAUGGAAUGUAUGGUUGGCCCAGAAGGGGAUCUUACGGAGACGACAGAAGAGCAGUGUCAUCGCCUCUCACUCAAAGGUCCUUUGUUGAGCAUUGAAGAGAUGGAAUCUAUUAAGAAGAUGAACUACAGAGGAUGGAAGAGCAAGGUUCUUGAUAUCACCUAUCCUAAAUCAUGUGGAAGUAAGGGUUUAGAGGAUACCUUGGAUAGGAUUUGCUCUGAAGCACAUAAUGCAAUCAAAGAUGGUUAUUCAACACUCGUACUUUCUGACAGAGCUUUCUCUUCCAAGCGUGUUGCCGUGAGUUCUUUGCUGGCUGUUGGGGCAGUGCAUCAUCACCUUGUCAAAAAGCUUGAGCGUACUCGUGUUGCACUGGUUCUUGAAUCAGCUGAGCCCCGUGAGGUUCACCAUUUUUGUACACUUGUAGGUUUUGGAGUUGAUGCUAUCUGCCCGUAUCUGGCCAUAGAAGCUAUAUUGAGACUGCAGGUUGAUGGAAAGAUCCCACCUAGGACAACUGGCGAGUUUCAUACUAAAGAUGAGCUCGUUAAGAAGUAUUUCAAAGCAAGCAUGUAUGGGAUGAUGAAAGUUCUUGCCAAAAUGGGCAUUUCAACUUUGGCCUCAUACAAAGGUGCUCAAAUAUUCGAGGCAGUGGGCCUUUCAUCAGAAGUAAUUGACCGGUGCUUUGCUGGAACUCCUAGCAGAGUUGAGGGUGCCACCUUUGAAGCACUUGCACGAGAUGCACUUAAGUUUCAUGAGCUAGCAUUUCCCACACGUUCUCUCCCUGCUGGAAGUUCAGAGGCUGUAGCACUCCCUAACACUGGUGAUUAUCACUGGAGAAAAGGUGGUGAGGUUCAUCUCAACGAUCCCCUUGCUAUAGCCAAAUUACAGGAAGCUGCCAGAUCCAAUAGUGUGGCUGCCUACAAGGAGUACUCCAAGCGUGUCCAAGAACUAAACCAACAGUGUAAUUUAAGGGGCCUUUUGAAAUUUAAAGAGACAGGAGCAAGAGUUCCUCUUGAGGAAGUUGAACCGGCUAGUGAGAUUGUAAAACGUUUCUGCACUGGAGCUAUGAGUUAUGGGUCGAUAUCAUUGGAAGCUCAUACAACUCUUGCUGUUGCAAUGAACAGAAUCGGGGGGAAAUCAAACACAGGUGAGGGGGGUGAGCAGCCUGAUCGCAUGGAGUUUCUUCCGGAUGGAUCUAGCAACCCUAAAAGAAGUGCAAUUAAGCAAGUUGCAAGUGGAAGAUUUGGGGUCACAAGUUAUUAUCUCACAAAUGCUGAUGAGCUACAGAUAAAAAUGGCACAGGGAGCAAAACCUGGAGAGGGUGGUGAACUUCCUGGACACAAGGUCAUUGGUGACAUUGCUGUCACUAGGAACUCCACUGCUGGGGUAGGACUAAUUAGUCCUCCUCCCCACCAUGAUAUCUACUCAAUCGAGGAUCUUGCUCAAUUGAUUCAUGAUCUUAAGAAUGCAAACCCAGGGGCUCGAAUAAGUGUGAAGCUUGUUUCUGAAGCUGGUGUUGGGGUGAUAGCAAGUGGUGUUGUGAAAGGGCAUGCUGAUCAUGUUUUGAUCUCUGGCCACGAUGGAGGUACAGGAGCAUCACGAUGGACUGGCAUCAAGAGUGCUGGACUUCCAUGGGAACUUGGUCUUGCUGAAACCCAUCAGACUUUAGUUGCAAAUGACCUUCGUGGCCGAACAACUCUACAGACAGACGGUCAGUUAAAAACUGGAAGAGAUGUGGCUAUGGCAGCAAUGCUUGGUGCCGAGGAGUUUGGUUUCAGCACUGCCCCUCUAAUAACCCUGGGAUGUAUAAUGAUGCGAAAAUGCCAUAAAAACACCUGUCCGGUGGGGAUUGCAACUCAAGAUCCUGUUCUUCGGGAAAAGUUCGCCGGAGAACCAGAACAUGUGAUAAAUUUCUUUUUCAUGCUAGCGGAAGAGGUAAGGGAGAUUAUGGCCUCACUUGGUUUUCGAACACUGAAGGAAAUGGUUGGCCGUUCAGACAUGCUUGAGCUAGAUAAAGAUCUAGUCAAGAACAAUGAGAAGCUGAAGAACAUUGAUCUCUCCUUGCUACUCCGACCAGCUUCUGAUAUACGACCAGAUGCUGCUCAAUGUUGUGUGCAGAAGCAAGAUCAUGGUUUGGACAUGGCUUUAGAUAACACAUUAGUAGAAUUAUCCAAAGCUGCUUUAGAGAGAAGUCUUCCUGUAUACAUUGAAUCUCCAAUCUGCAAUGUAAACCGGGCAGUUGGUACCAUGCUUAGUCACGAAGUAACAAAGCGUUAUCACAUUAGUGGAUUGCCCACUGACACAAUUCAUAUCAAACUCAGUGGAAGUGCAGGACAGAGUCUUGGAGCUUUUCUAUGCCCUGGAAUCACCCUUGAGCUUGAAGGUGAUAGCAAUGAUUAUGUGGGUAAAGGGUUGUCAGGUGGAAAGAUUAUUGUUUAUCCUCCAAAAGGAAGUACAUUUGACCCGAAAGAGAACAUUGUAAUUGGUAACGUUGCUCUCUAUGGCGCGACAAAUGGGGAGGCUUAUUUUAAUGGAAUGGCAGCAGAAAGGUUCUGUGUCCGUAAUUCAGGGGCCAAGGCUGUGGUCGAGGGUGUUGGUGAUCAUGGUUGUGAAUACAUGACAGGUGGAACAGUAGUUGUGCUUGGUAAAACUGGACGAAACUUUGCUGCUGGAAUGAGUGGUGGCAUUGCAUAUGUACUUGAUGUGGAUUCUAAGUUCAGCUCACGUUGCAAUAAUGAGUUAGUUGACCUUGAUAGAAUUGAAGAUGAGGAUGAUAUUAUGACAAUCAAGAUGAUGAUUCAGCAACACCAACGUAAUACCGACAGCAAAGUUGCAAAAGAAGUUCUUGCUGAUUUUGACAAUUUCUUGCCCAAAUUUAUCAAGGUUUUCCCAAGAGAGUAUAAGCGGGUUCUCACAAGCAUGAGGGAAGCUGAAGCUCGCAAAAAGGCUGCGGUAUGUGCAGCCAAAGAAUCAGAAGAUCGAGAAGAAGAAUUGAUAGGGGAAGAUGCUUUUGAAGAGCUUAAGAAAUUGGCAGCAGGAUACUCUGACGGGAAAUCUGUCAAGGUUGAAGAGGUGAAACCUGUGAAGAGGCCAACGAAAGUUGAUGAUGCAGUCAAACAUCGAGGUUUUGUAAAUUAUGAGCGAGAAGGGGUUUUGUACAGGGAACCAAGUGUUCGUUUGAGAGACUGGAAAGAGGUCAUGGAAGAGACUAAGCCUGGCCCACUUUUAAAUACACAGGCAGCACGCUGUAUGGACUGUGGUACCCCUUUCUGCCAUCAGGAAAACUCUGGUUGUCCUCUAGGAAAUAAAAUACCAGAAUUCAAUGAAUUGGUGUAUCAAAACAGAUGGAGGGAAGCACUGAAUAGGCUUUUAGAGACUAAUAACUUCCCAGAAUUCACGGGCCGUGUGUGCCCAGCACCCUGUGAGGGGUCUUGUGUACUUGGUAUUAUUGAAAACCCUGUCUCUAUUAAAAGCAUUGAAUGUGCCAUCAUUGACAAAGCUUUUGCGGAAGGAUGGAUGGUGCCGCGACCUCCUAGCAAGAGAACAGGAAAACGAGUUGCUGUGGUCGGAAGCGGACCAGCUGGUCUGGCUGCUGCUGAUCAGUUGAACAAGAAGGGUCACACAGUGACAGUUUUUGAGCGCGCUGAUCGAAUUGGUGGUCUUAUGAUGUAUGGAGUACCCAACAUGAAGGCCGACAAAACUGAUAUAGUCCAGAGACGAGUGGAUCUGUUGGAAAAGGAAGGCAUUAACUUUGUAGUUAAUGCUAAUGUUGGGAAAGAUCCUUUGUUCUCCCUUGAUCGGCUUCGAGAGGAGCAUGAAGCAAUUCUUUUGGCCAUAGGAUCGACAAAACCAAGGGACCUUCCUGUUCCUGGACGUGAACUGUCUGGAGUCCAUUUUGCCAUGGAGUUCCUACAUGCUAAUACUAAAAGCUUGCUUGAUAGCAAUCUAGAGGAUGGUAAUUACAUUUCUGCAAAGGACAAGAAGGUGGUAGUUAUUGGGGGUGGUGAUACUGGCACAGAUUGCAUAGGGACUUCUAUUCGACAUGGCUGUAGCCGUGUAGUUAACCUAGAGCUUCUCCCACAGCCUCCAAAGACUAGGGCUACUAGCAAUCCUUGGCCACAGUGGCCUCGUGUAUUUCGAGUUGAUUAUGGACAUCAAGAGGCUGCCACAAAAUUCGGCAAGGAUCCAAGGACCUAUGAGGUGCUAACAAAGCGUUUUAUUGGUGACGAAAAUGGAGUGGUGAAAGGUCUUGAAGUGGUUCAUCUUGAAUGGGAGAAGGAUGCCACAGGGAAAUUGCAAUUCAAGGAAAUAGAAGGUUCUGAGGAAAUCAUUGAGGCAGAUCUAGUGUUGCUUGCGAUGGGGUUCCUUGGUCCCGAAUCUACCAUAGCUGACAAACUGGGCCUGGAGAGAGAUAACAGGUCGAAUUUAAAGGCCGAAUACGGACGCUUCUCCACCAAUGUGGAAGGGGUGUUUGCUGCUGGAGACUGCCGGAGAGGUCAGUCCCUUGUAGUGUGGGCCAUCUCAGAGGGGCGACAAGCGGCUGCACAGGUCGAUGGUUACCUCAUGCAAGACCAAGAAAACUCUACCACUAGUAGCAGCAGUACAGCUUGGCAGACAGACUUUCUCCAGAAACAGCAGCAGCAGCAGCAAGGAAGCAGCAACAGACAGAUUGUGGUUUCCUGAAUUGUACGUACGGAGUGUUUGUUAGCUUGCCUGAGAUUCGAUUUCUUCGUUCAAGACAGCGCCUUACCGGUCUGUAUCCAUAGUUCUCAUUAUAUUGAAAGAGAACUUCACGGAGAUGAUUGGGGUUUCUAUGUUUUUUUAUUUUAUAUAUAGACACAAAUAUACAUAUAUCCUAGGUUGUUAUGUGGUCAUUUUAUAUUUUUUUGUUCUUAGUGGUGCAUGUUGGUUUGAAGGCCAGCUAUGCACACUUAAAAUAAAUGUACAGUUUUCUUUUCUGAAUCGUUCAAAUCCCAAUUAUGAAUCUUCUGCUGAGUUUAUGUGCCCG